GUACAAGAGAAAGCUACAGCAAAACAAAAACAAAUUGAUGCAAAACCAUCUAAAAAAACACACUGUGUCUCGAAAUGGACAGUCAAAACCCAAAGUCAACGAGUAAUGAUUCAAGCUGCGUAUUUUUUAAUACAGACUCAGAAGACUAUAAAUGCGUGGUGAUUUUAAGAGUAAAACGAGCCACGGGAACCUUCUCCUUAGUAGGAUGCAUUUUCAUGCUCUUUGUGAUCUGGCUGCUUCGCAGGUAUCACUCUCUGGCUCAGAAGAUGAUUCUCUGCCUGACUGUAGCUGCCUUCUUCGACAGCGUAGCAUAUGUCAUGGGGGAUUCACAUCCAGAAGGAUCUAUGUGUGACUUCCAGGCCUGCUGGCUAACUUACUUUGACUGGAGUGCCUUGGCCUGGGUUUGCCUCAUCACAGUGAACCUCUACCUCAACCUGGUGCGAGAAAUCAGCACCACCAGAUACGAGAUGUUGUACCAUCUGAUGGCGUGGGGGGUGCCUCUGGUCAUGGCCUCCUUGCCCCUGCUAAAGGGUUACUACGGCCCCGCGGGAGCCUGGUGCUGGAUCACAGACGAUCACGUAGCCUGGAGAUUUGGGAUAUGGUACGUGCCUCUGUUCAGCCUCAUCUUCUUGAUGAUCUGCUGCUACGCCAGGAUAAUCUGCGUGGCCAACGCGAGGAUGCAGUCAUGGUUGGGAACCUUCAACCCAGAGAGAGAGAGACGAAAGCUCUCCUUGGCGGAGGAGAUCAAGCCGUUGAAGUGGUAUCCGUCCGUUUACCUGCUGGUGUCCAUCUUUCCCCUCAUCAACAGGCUCCACAAUGCCUUCUACCCGCAGGAUCCGUCCUUCCCGCUCACCCUGUUGCACGUCCUGUCGGCACCGCUCCACGGCCUGGCCAAUGCAUUUGUCUUCGGCCUGGAUAGGGACUGGUGGAGCCUACUGAGCCCCACUGGCAUGCAGCUGGCUCUGCAGUCGCGGCUGUGUGACAGGACUCGGAUCGGAGAGUAUCACCCCGGGGCGGUGCGCUACACACAGGCUGACCUGGUCGACCUCAGCGAUGACGACGACGAUGACACCAACGUGCUCUUCUACUCUCCUGACAUGACCCUGAAAGACAGAGGGCCCUGAGAGAGAGGGAGGGAGGGAGAUGGUGAGACAGAGAGGGAGAGAGAAAAGAGCUGGAGGGAAGCAGCACGAAGGAGGGUCGCAGCCAGAGAGAGACGCAGUGGAUUAGAAACCGAGAAGAAGGAACAAGAGGUAGGGAGGGAAUGGAAGGGAAAAGAUUGCGGGGACAGUCGGGCAGAUAGAAGGCGGAGAUGAGCUGUCAGGUUCCAUUAUUAAUCCCCAUCCUUUACUAUUUAAUAUCCUAAAGACACGUGCACACACACACACACACACACACACACACACUCACACACACACACACACACACUCACACUCACACACACUGAGCAGAGCUGCGGCUCUCUGCAACACUACCACAAGAGAGGAGCGACUCUAAAGAGCUUCCUAAUGUUAAAGGCGUCUGCUGCAGAGCUAAAGGUCUCACAACAAUCCCACAUUCUGCAGCGUUGUGGUGUACCACGGAAUACGUGCGACUUGAAAGCAUCUACGCUGAGAUUGAUCCCGGUUGUGAACAAUUUUCUUUCCGCUGGGGGAGGGGCAGUGGUACAGUGGAAAUACCGGAAGAGGACUUUGGUAGGGCAAAUUAAUCCCAAGGUGGUCUCUCCUUCCCUGGACAGUAUUUGUGUUCCUGUUUGUGUUUCUUUGCAUAUGACAUUACAGUUGUUGCAUCUUUUCGCACAAGUAUUACUUUGAAAGACUGUUUGUAUUUUUUUUAUGGAAUACAUUUGUUUUUUUACACUGUAUUUAUCUGUAUUUAAUGACCUGUGUAUGUAUGUAUGUAUAUAUAUAUAUAUAUAUAUGUAUAUAUAUAUAUAUAUAUAUAUAUAUGUAUAUAUAUAUAUAUAUAUAUACACACGUACGCUAUAUUUUUGUACGUGCCUCUGACUGGAAUAUGAAGUUUUGGUCCGAAAACCUGCUGCUCUCAGAGAUACAGUUGAGGAAGAUCAGAUACAUGUAAGCUUUAUGAACAAGAAAUGACAUAGCCAACACAGACACACGGUGCCUGGUGGGAAACGAUGACGUAGCAACAGCCUCUGAUGUUUCAGCAGCACGUGGCCCUUGUCCGUGGCGCUGAGGGGUUGGUGGGUUGGGGGGCAGGCAUAGCCGAGGUGUGAUUGGCGGGGAAAUAGAGUCGCUAUAUAUUCCACCUCAGCCCGUUUGGUUUUCUUCCCACACGUCGAGGAGGUUCCAUCACUGUCGGGGCGCGAGCUGCCGCCUGUCAGCUGCCUCUCUCCGACAAGUUGAACUAAUGAACCGACACUUGACCCCCUUUUUACCCUUGAGUUGUCAAGCUCUUCUGCCGGGCGUCAGUGACACCAGAGUGCAACUUUCGUUUGCAGUUCACAGAGCCCCCCCACCACUGUACACACACACACACACACACACACACAUGCACUGUUUCUGGUUUGACUUGACUUGUGCACUCCUAUCAAAUAAAUGAGCA